GUUGGGGUAAGAGUUUAGAGAAAAGGAAAAAUAUGGAGACAGGUGCAAAGGCAGAAGAGCAGGAGCAGAAGCAGGGACAGAAGAUGAGAGUUAUGGUAGCAGUUGAUGAGAGUGAGGAGAGCUUCUAUGCUCUGCAGUGGACUCUUGAUAAUCUUUCAAAUGGUAUCACAGCAACAAAUGAACCCACCAUGGAAUCUGGCAUGCUCUGUCUUGUUCAUGUUCAACAGCCUUUUCACCCCGCCGUCUACCCUCUUGGUCCCGGCGGAGCAGCUUUCUAUACGCCGCCUGCAGUGAUGGAAUCCGUAAAGAAAGGCCAGGAGGGAAACUCUGUAGCAAUAGUCUCCCGUGGAGCAAAGAUGUGCAGUGAAAAGAUGAUCAAAUCAGAAACUCUGAUCCUUGAAGGGGAUCCAAAGGACAUGAUCUGUCAGGCUAUAGAACAAAUGCAUGUUGAUCUCCUCGUCGUAGGCAGCCGCGGCCUAGGCAAAAUUAAGAGGGCCUUCUUAGGAAGUGUAAGCGACUACUGUGCACAUCAUGCCAAAUGUCCCAUCCUUAUAGUGAAGCCACCCAAGGAGACCACCAGCAAGCAGUGAAUAUUAAAUAUUUCUGGCCAAUUACCAUAAAUAAAGUCUAAGCACUGAGCCAGGGUUUAUAUGUAAUUAUCCUUUUUUUUUUUUCUUAUAUAUGUAAGAAGUUUAAUAUAAAGUCAAUAACUGGUAGGGUAAGAGAGAUUUAUUCAACUAA